CUUAGCACCUCUAAUGUUGGUUGUCUGCACUCAGCUGCUUUUAGAGUAAGGCUUCUUUCAAUGCCAGGCUUCUGACUUUCUGUGGAAUUGGUUUGAAAGGCAAGAGACCUUGUUUUCUUUUGUCCAUGGAUCUCCCAUUUUUUCAUGGAAAGAUAACAAGAAGAACCUGUGAAGAAUUGCUGAGCAAGAAGGGAAAGAAUGGUAGCUAUUUAAUACGAGAGAGUGAAAGCUUGGAAGGAGCCUUGUGUCUCUGUGUUUUAUUUGAAAAAGUCAUCUACACUUACCGCAUCUUCAAGGAACAUCAAGGAUAUUUUAAAAUACAGACUUCUGAAGGUUUUCCAGAGAACAUCUUCCGAACAUUAAAAGACCUAAUAUACAAUUAUGAAAAGCCAAAUCAAGGCCUAGUAAUAAACCUCCACUACCCAGUGAAGAAACAAGAGGCCUCGCACAGAAGCCAGAGGUUCAAGUCUGGAAAGGAUGUAAUUUAUGAUGAAAUCGAUGACAGCGACUACGUCACUGUCUUUCCCUGAAGGAUCUGCAACCUGACGAUUUUGGAAGCUGCUGUUUCAGGCUGUGCUGCAGCACGAGGGAUCCAUAAACCUCUCAAAUUAGUCUCCUCCUUUUGCAGACUGUCAGAGCAGGAGCAGCUGUAUUUUCCUCCAGCAGGUCCAGUACAAGCUACUAUAUAUUUUUGUUCAGCAAUAAAAGAACUUAUUUUUGUAAGAGACA